AUGCCAAGAUUGUGUUUUACCCGUUAUUUCUCACCAGCGUUUAUUCUUAUAGCUGUGGGUGGAGGAGUAAUUCUUGGUGUUAUUUUCAUCGUGUUCAUUUAUCGAAUGUGUUCGCGGUACAAACAGGAAAGGGAGAAAGAAAGCAGGGUGCCUCGAGUUUCAUUCAAACUGCCGCCAGCCAGACCGGACGAAUUUACCAUUACAACACAGACGAAGUACCCGCAACAGGAGUACGACGAUAAUGAAAAUUGUCACUUGGAUCCUGAGUUUUACAGGUAAAAGUGAAUGAUACAAGUCUCAGUCGGAAUAAGUAUAGAAAAGUUGAUACAUCACAAACAGCUUUAGUCCUUUGCUUAAGUUGUUCUUUUUUGUUGUCUUCAAGAGGAAACGAAUGUUAACGCCUUAUGCCUACAAUUAGGGUGGAUUUACAUGCGUACACGCGUAAAAUUUACGUGCACAAAUAAAAUAGAGGCAGUGACGGUUAAGGUCCCGUGUAAACAUUGAAGUGGAACCUCGCUCAACUUUCCCGUUUAUGCGCGACACUUCAUACAUUGCCUCUAUUUUAUUUACGCGCGUACGCAAGUAAAAAUUACGCGACAGUGAAAAUCAUCCUUAUGGUCUCAGGCAAGUUCCUCAGAAAUGUGGCAAAAUUUUACCUUUCUUGCUACCGGCGGUAUUUGGUCUUUUUCACUCUAUUCUCUUAAAUUAAACUACGUGGGGUUAAACAACGGACAGGAUCUUGAUAUUCUUAAACAUAAACAGGAUCGUUCUUCAUUUUGCUAUUAGCAACUUUUAAUGGUCCUGGUAGGCAUUAGUUAAUUUUGCAAAGAAAACUCGACUUGAAAAAGGUCGUAGAAGUUGAGCCAUGUGAGCAGAGAGAAAGCCCAAACACCAUUUUUCUCAGUCCCUAUGCCGAAAGUCGUUGUUAAAAGGCCAAAAAAUGGAGGGGAGAAAGAGAAGAGAAAAAGCAACGGUUGCCGAAUAUUUUUUCCAUUCCUAAGUUUAUUUCGUUUUGGCUUCCAGAGAAGAAGAUACAGAAGAAGGGUCGCCAUUUAUGGGUACAGCGAAGCUCUGCUUUUCUCUGAAUUACGAUCAAGCAAACGAAGAACUACUUGUGUGUCUCCUGCGAGCUACACGCCUCACUCCAGUCGGCGAAAACGUUACUGUCACACCCUACGUCAAAAUAUUCCUCCUACCAGACAAGAAACGCAAAGUCCAGUCCAGGGUUCUACGAAGGACGUCAAAUCCCCAGUUUUUUGAAGAUUUUGUAUUCGCAGUAUCACCCGAGGACUUGCCAAACAGAACACUGGAAUUCACUGUUUGUGAAUUUGACCGCUUUUCCCGCCAACAGGUUAUCGGUCACGUGGUGUAUCCUCUUAAAGAUGUGAAUGUAAUGUGGUCACCUGAAGGAACCGGGGAGAUCUGGGUCAACAUAACUAACCAAGAUUUUCAGGUUCGUAUAUUCUUAAGACUUUUAGUGUUUUACCUCGACAACUUUAUUUUUCAUACACUAAAUACAUUAUAGACCUCAUCCCUAACUACACAUUUCCAAAAUAAAGCAAAAUAACCUCAAAAAGAAAGAAUGGAUUAGCAUUUCCUUCCGACACUAGGAUACUAGACGUGGGAUUCAAAACGGGGUGACUCGUCGUUUUUAUUUUUACAUAAAUAAGCGAUUUCUGGUCGAGAGCUUGGUCAAUGAGAGUAUAGACCAUAGAAAUGACGUGAUGGGUGCGCAAUUCUUAUUUCUUUCUCUUGGGCGCUUUUCUCCGUGAAGGACAUUUAAAAAACUGGAAAAUGAAAGUAAUUGUAACUAGACACUGAGAGGGCGUAUACUUGGGCGUCGUUGCAUUACGCGAAUGUGAAGUUUUUAUUGUGUGUCAGGGAUGUGUGAGUAGUGCAAUAGUGUUAUUUAUUGUUAAGAGUUAGUUGAGAUGUGUGAAGUAGAAGACGUGGAGCCAUAUUGGACGUGGUUUCUCUUUGGUAUGAUUAUGUGCUGAAUAUCAAUGCACCGAACGUUGCUUCACAGGGAAGACUCGAGCUUUUCCGCAGAAUUUCUGAUAUAAACUGUCUCACCGAAUAACGAAUACGAGCAAGCUCUCUACUUCGAAGUGGUGAGCGAAGCCUAGCCGCAAGAGAAUCCGCGAGCGCCGCCCCCUUUCUCGCGUCUCCUUUCGCGUGUCUCUCGCGCGUGAAUUCUCUCAACAUCCCUAAAAUGGAGAGUUUGCUCACAGGCUGGAUAUGUUCCAAUUUUGAUCAUUGUGGGAGAUGGUUUCAUCAUUACGAUAAUCCUCAAGAGAUUUUCACGUCUGAUUCUAAAGAGCCUUUAAUUCUGUAGAGUUAAUUCAUCGAGUGCUAAAAGCUUUUCCCUCUUUCUACAAAUCGAGAGCCUUUUCUAAAGGCGCUGGCUAUACAACAAAUUAGUUCUUUCGACUAUGAGAUGUACCGUCAGGCAGUUUGAAAGUUGGAGCUAGUCCCUUUCGUGGUGCCUUUCUUAAGAUAACUCGACAUAUUUAUCCCAAAGUUUUAAAAUUAGUAAACAGGGUUUUAAAAAUAACUUUCGAGCAUGUAGUUUGCAAGUGAUGAUGUUGGACUUCGCCCCUUUUACGGUCCGUGCGCAAAAAGAAUACAACUUGUUUACGAGAUUAAUUUUAGUGUUAAGACUGAUAUCCUAACGUCAAUUAGUUGCAGUAAAAUUACCGAACUGCCGAGAUACUUUCAGUAUAUGGCCACUCAUCUCAUGCUACUCCACUCGAAGACACAAUCUCUUUAUUCACUUUUCUUGCAUCGGCGGGAAACUGAUCGCGGAAUUUUGCGUUACAUCUCCUUUGGUUUUCGACCAACCUGAGACUGAAAAAUGCUCGCUCAAACUCUUGAUUAUAGCCAAACCCGUCAAUUCCAAUUAUUACUCAAACAGCGAAUUUAUCUCCAGGUGCUUUGUGUAUCCUUGUGUGGCUUUAACCUAUUCAUCAUUUUUUUAAUUUAAAUCCUCAUAAUUCCGUUUAGUUCGUCGCCGCAGCGUCUAACGCAGAUUUACAAUGUGCGAGCCAGCAAGCCAGACGUUCGAGGCAUCUGAAAACACGCCAGGCACAAACAAUUCGUUAGCAAAAAAGCUUAUGACGGGCCGGCACAACUCCUGUAGUUCAUAAAGUAUUCUCUUCUGACCGUCAUAGCUUCGUUCUUACUAAAAGGUUUACAAGGGAUUUUCUGCACAUUUCUAGACAGAAAAAUCCCCCGUGAACUUUUCAGCUAACCUUCCUUUGUGUAGUAUAGUCAGCAAAAUUAUUUUAUCUAUUACAUGUUAUUAAAUUGCAGAAGGGCGUGGAUAAAGGGGAGUUGUUGUUUUCGCUCCAGUUUCUUCCAACCUCAUGUAGACUUACGGUAGCUGUCCUCAAGGCAAGAGGUCUGGGGCUGCAAGGAGAGGACAAUGAUUUGGGUGAGGAAAUAAAAAGCAGAUGAAAUCAUUAGAAAAACGAAAGGAAAAUGUUUAUAGACGGAAAGUAGCAACAAUAUCAACCUGAAAUGUAGAAGCAUCGACCGGCAUAAAAAAAAAUCCUACUAGUAACUCACGUUUUUUUCUGUUUCAAAUCCUUGAGUCUAGUGUUGUUAAAGGAGAGAAUUUUUUUUUUUUUUGGGGGGGGGGGGGGGGGGGGGGGGGGGCAAAUUUUUGGAAAAACACACCCACCAAAAACAAAACAAGAUUGAAAAUCUUUUUCUCCCCAAGUAUCCAAAAACUUUCCGCGUUUUUUUUUAAAAACGCUUAAAACACAAAAAAACCACAUUAAAAUAGUAAAAGAAAAAAAAAAAAUAAGAAUAAAUAAAAAAAACAAGAAAAAAUAAGAAAAAAAUUAAUGUGAUAUUUUUAAUUUUUUGUUUGUUUUUUUAUUUUGGAGGGUUUGUGUUUUGGUGGGGGGGUGUUGGUUUUUUUGUGGGGGGGGGGGGGGGGGGGGGCGGGGGGGUCAAUAUUUUGGAAAACAUCACCUACCAAAUACUAAUCAUGAUCGUAAUCGUUUUGCUUCCUAAGAUUCCACAAAAUUUCCGAGUUUUAUUUCAUAAAAUGCUAAAGAACAAAUAGUACCACGUGAAAGUAGUGGCAAAGAGGUUUCAGUUGAAUGGACAUUCUGCAAGAUUUUUCCGCUGACUCAAAAGUUAUAGAACCACGUUAUAAUGCAAGAUUCCAUUUUGAACUCGGGGAGUGACAGGGCUCAUGUCACCUGUGGGGGAGUACCAUAUAAAAGUGAAGGGGAUGCUCGUCGGAAUUAAAAUUAAACCCCUAAGCGAGACCAAGGCCGGGUGUGGCUCAAGCUUAAACUGAACCUAAAGGAGAUAUCUGUGUGGUUUUUGUCACGGCAUUUUUUUGUAAAUUUCUUUAUGCACAGCCCUAAGGGAUACCUGAAUGGGAAAAUAUAAGUGACUUUCAGCCCUAAACACCCUAAGUGAGACCAAAAUCUGCAAUUUACACCCGUAAGUGAGACGACGGGCAUCUCUAUCAAUUUUAUACGGGAGUUCCCCCUCGGUGGUAUCCCGGUUUACGGUUUUGAUUUUAUCCCACUUUUAUAUGCAAGAAAACGAUAUCUGCAAGUAGGAGGAAGAUAAAUACUCCCUACUGAGGUAUUGACUCAAGGGAAAUAUAAGUGUUCGUCUGUAUUGACGAUAGUGUAGUUAAAAAACAAAACUGAUUGACUUCAGCCAUUUGUUAAGCUACAUAACGUACAGUAACUCUUCUUUAAAUUACCGUAUAUAUUUUUUCAUUUUUCAGAUCCGUAUGUCAAAGUUUCAAUGAUUAUGGGAGGAAAAACCUUGAAAAAGAGAAAAACAGUUGCAAACAAAAAGACCGCAAACCCAGUUUACAAUGAAGCGUUCGUCUUCACUCUUCUUCCGUCCUACCUCGAUCGCGUGAGCUUCAUGUUAUCUGUGUUCACCGUAACGAGGCUGGGUGGAUCAAAAAAGCUGAUUGGUCGAGCGGUAGUGGGACCAUAUAUGUAUUCAACAGAUCAGGGACUCUCGCACUGGAAUGACAUGAUCAAUUCACCGCGUAAUCCAGUAGCACAAUGGCAUACACUUAUUUGA